GGAGCGGGGCCGGGGGAGCGGGGCUGCGGCGGGGGCUGCAACGUGGGUUGCACCGGGAGCUGUGGUCUUCGUGGUGCCGCGGGAGCGCCAUGGCCAGGAAGCGUAAAGCAUCGCCCCGGCCAGCGUCUGCCAGCAAGAGACGCUCCGGGGAGCUGGAGACACCGCGGGGAGAGCCAGAGGAGGACGAUGACUUUGAAGACAAAAAGCCCACGAUAAAGAAAAAUGGCUCGAAAGCUCUGAACAGGAAGAAGGAAGAGGAUUGUCAUACAGGAGUUUCCAACUCAGCAAAUGAGCUUUCAAAGCAAAACGAGGCAAAGUCAUCAAUAAAAGAUAAUAAAAAAAAUACUAGAAGCAAAGGGAAUCAGAACAAAGAAGAUAUGUGCAGUGAUCUGCCAAAGCCCCUGCAGAAGGAGAUGAAGAAAGAAUCUCCUGUUAAAAAAGAGAUGGAAGACAAUACUGAGGACAACGAUGAUGAUGAUGAAAGUGAAGAUGAAUGGGAGGAUGUUGAAGAGCUCCAGGAACCUGCUACAGAUAAAUUAGAAGAAGCUGAUGUUCUUCCAGCAGUAAGUCUGCCAAGCAAACCUGUCGAGAUUGAGAUUGAAACCCCAGAGCAGCUGAAGAAAAGACUGAGGGGAGAAAAAAGACAAGCAGAGUUUGAGGCGUAUCUUCGGAGACUGAUGAAACGUUUCAGCAAGGAGGUUCGUGAGGACACGCAUAAGGUUCACCUCUUGUGUUUAUUAGCAAAUGGUUUCUAUAGGAACAGGAUCUGCAGCCAGCCGGAUCUUCAUGCCAUUGGUCUAUCUGUCAUCCCCACCCACUUCACAAAAGUCCCUGCUGGCCGUGUGGACCUUCUCUACCUUUCCAACUUGAUGAAAUGGUUUGUGGGAACCUUCACUAUCAAUGAUGAGCUUUCCACUGAAAAAGGAGAGCCCCUUCAGUCAACCUUGGAGAGACGCUUUGCCAUCUAUGCUGCACGAGAUGAUGAAGAAUUGGUUCACAUCUUUUUAAUUAUUCUGCGAGCAUUACAGCUGCUGUGUCGCCUUGUGCUGUCUUUUCAGCCUAUUCCUCUCAAGGAAACAAGUGCAAAGGGAAAAAGCUCAUCCAAGAGGCAGUCUCUCAGUGGUACCUCUGAGAGGCAGGAGAGCUCAGCCACAACGCCCAAAGCUGUGGCAAAAAAAUGCCCCUGCAAAAAAGCUAAGCAGGAUGAGAAAUCUUCAGAGAGUGAAGACAGCAAGGAGCUGAAGAAGCCUAGAACUGCUCAGACCAAAAGGACAUGCAAGACAAAGUUGACUUCAUACAGCCAGGAGCAGAAGGAAUCUGGUAAUGAGAAGAGCAGUUUAGCAGAAAAAGAUGUCCCAGUCAGGCCCAAAAAUGAUCGACGGAGACGAGUGGCCUCCAAAGUGUCUUAUAAAGAAGAGAGUGGAAGUGAUGAGGGCAGUGUUUCAGACUUCAGAAUUUCAGAGGAGGAGAGUGAUGUGUCUGAUGAGGAUUUUGAAACUGUCUCUAAAAUGCAGAAGAGCUCACUGGGCUCCCAGAAGUCAAAGGUAACAGCUACAAAAAGCCCCAAAACUGAAACCUCAGAAUCAAGGUUAUCUAAAAAUUCAUAUCAAACUGAGUCCAUGCUAGGAAAAAGUACAGCUCCAGCCUUGCCUCCUGCACAGCGAAAGAGAAACAAAAUAAUUUCUAGUGAUGAAGAUGAUGGGCAGCAGGAGGUAAGAAAAGUAAUGGGCACAGACCAGUGGCUGGAGGUUUUCCUUGAACCUGAGGAAAAGUGGGUGUGUGUAGACUGUGUUCAUGGCAAUGUUGGCCAGCCCCAGUUGUGCUUCACACAUGCCACAAAGCCACUUUCCUACGUCGUGGGAUUUGACAAUGAUGGGAGCGUCAGAGAUGUGACUCAAAGAUAUGACCCAAUGUGGAUGACUGCAACAAGGAAGAGCCGUGUGGACCCUGAGUGGUGGGAGGACACACUGCUGCCAUAUAAAAGUCCCUUUGUGGAAAGAGACAUAAAGGAGGAAAAUGAGUUUCAAGUUAAGCUUCAAGAUCAGCCUCUACCAACAUCAAUUGGAGAGUACAAAAAUCAUCCUCUUUAUGCACUGAAGAGGCACCUCCUGAAAUAUCAGGCAAUCUAUCCUGAGUCAGCUGCUAUCCUAGGGUACUGCCGGGGAGAGGCUGUCUACUCUAGAGACUGUGUACACACGCUGCACUCAAAGGACACUUGGCUGAAGCAAGCUCGAGUGGUGAGAAUUGGAGAAGUGCCUUACAAGAUGGUGAAAGGCUUUUCUAACCACGCGAGGAAGUUGCGCCUCGCAGAGCCCACAAACCGGGACAGAGAGGACCUGGCGUUGUUUGGUCGCUGGCAGACAGAGGAGUAUCAGCCACCUAUAGCAGUGGAUGGAAAGGUUCCCCGGAAUGAAUAUGGAAACGUCUAUCUCUUCCUGCCAUCCAUGUUACCUGUUGGCUGUGUGCAGCUGAGACUUCCAAAUCUGAACAGAGUGGCACGGAAGUUGGACAUAGACUGUGCUCAAGCCAUCACUGGAUUUGAUUUUCAUGGUGGCUACUCACACCCAGUUACUGAUGGCUAUGUUGUCUGUGAGGAGUACAAAGAGAUCCUCAUUGCUGCUUGGGAGAAUGAACAAGCAGAAGUAGAAAAAAAGGAGAAGGAGAAGCGUGAGAAAAGAGCUCUGGGGAAUUGGAAACUACUGACAAAAGGACUUCUCAUCAGAGAGAGACUGAAGCAACGCUACUCCAUUAAGACUGAGCCAUCAGCACCUGAAGCAGAGAAAGGAUCUGGAUUCUCUUCUGAUGAAGAAGGAGGUCCAAGUUCAGAGAGUGCAGUGGGGAACGUGGCCAUUUCUUGGCCUCAGAAUCGCCAGUUAGAAAAGAAGAAAGAAGAGAAGACAACCAAAAAGAGCAAGCGAGAAGAGAAAGCAGCAGCAGCACAGUUGUUUCCUUUUGAGAAACUGUGAAAAGAAUAAGCAUUUCCUUACUUUUUUCCAGAUGCAAGAAUGAUAGUCCCAACAUAAGUAUCCUUUGCCAGUUAAGGGCUUAGCCUUCCUGAGCACUUGUGUUUCUGUGCUAUCAGGGGCCAACCUAAUUCAGUAUCAAAGGUUCCUUCUGCUGUCACAGGUAAUUAUGUGCAUCCUUUUAUCAUUUGAUUUAGGAGAAGCAGGUGUGCAGUUGUAGCUUCUGAGAAGAUCACUUUGUGCUGUUGGGUUUUUUUGCCCUUUUUUAUCACUCAGCACUAAUAAUUCUGUUUUCUCAGGUAUUCCUUUCAUUUGCACUACCUUCUGACAUUUUCAUCCUUUUAAUUUUUCCUUCUUGCCCAGAACUAAAGUAUGAGGCUGCUAUUUAACAGUCUGCAGUGAGCUACCUGAACCUUCUUUGAUUCAUAGUUUAUCCAAAUUGGUGGUGGCUGAUCUUACUGUCUUAUCAUCACAGAAAGGGAAGCACUUUCUCUAAGGUGAAAAGAAGCAUGCAGUCAAGCUUUGGAGUAAUCUUGAAAUUUAGUUUCUAAAGAAUACCUGCCUUUUGUGAAAACUCAGAUUUUGGCUUUUCAGCCUACAAUCUUCCUUUACUUUCAGAAAUUUUGUCCAUUAGAAGGGAGAAGCCCUGCCCUCAUUUCAAACUUAAGGUUAAAUAUGUCUUUUUAAGUAAUUUGAACAUAGACAUUUGUUUCAGUUUUAUCAAGGCCAUGUGGAUAAUAUGUUCUGGAGCAAAACAUGUAAAACUGGCUGAGUGUCAUUGUCAGAAAUGAAACAGUUCACUGCAGCUAGAAAGCUUUUGUAAAUGUUACCCAGCAUGUAAAAGCUGUUAAGAGAGGAAUAUUAAAUCUACACAAGCUUUUCCUGCAAUUUUGUAAUAGGAAUGCUAAUAUGUCUUUUGCAGUAUUUUUAUAACUAAAUUACACUGACACUGUCUCUUCAAAAGUAGAGGGGAAUAGUUAAGUCAUUGCUGGACAUUGUCACAGAGGAAAGACUGAAAUGCUAGAAAAUGGCUUACAUUUAAUUCAGAAAAAAAAAUAUCUAUUUUUGUACUGUAUUUGUAGAACAAAAUAAAGUAUGAAAGAGGAAUGUUGUCCAUUAAACCUCCCUGCCAGCUCACUCAUUCUUCUGUACGC